GGUGCAGUACAAGAGAGAAGCGAGAGAGAGAGAGAGAAAAGCCAGAAAAGUGGUAGGGGAAAAAAAACUGAAACUUUCUUUGCAUCAGUUGUACGACUGUUAAUUGUUGACGCGUGAUGUGAGGGGGGAGGCCAUAACCAGUGGAGAGACAAGGGAGAAACAACUUCUCUUCCAACCCAGUGUUUUGGACAUUAGCGAUCGCGACAAGCUGCAAGUGAGAUUAUUAUGUUUCAAUUUCUAGUGCCCUGUUGACGUCACUUGAGGGCAAGCUAUUUACAACUACAAAAACAAAAUACACAAUUUCUACAGUUUUUUGUUUGAUUAUUUCAUUGUGCCAUUUCGAAAUUUGGAGCCUUGCAUAAUGUGCCAUUACUGCUGUUCUUAAACCGGCCAAAAACUACAUUUCUUUGUUUAACAACGUUAGUAACAUUUCUUGUGAUUGGAUACGUCUGCUCACGUCGUUAAGAGAUAAAGCUACUUUGUGCGAAUAGAUUUUGUUUCUGGGUUGUUCUUUUUGUGGACUAAUCAAUGUACUAAAGGACCUAAACAUUUCACAAAUGACUUCUCUGGAGCCUUCUCUUCACUAAUACAUUACAACUUCAUUGUUCACUGUUGAAUUGGUCGGUUGAAGGAUGACCGCAGCGGUAGCAGUCAUGUCCACCACAAACACUCCAUCCGUGCCCAAACGCCACGGCUUCUCCAUAGAGUCUCUCAUCGGCAACCUCGAUAGCUCGCCAUCUUCCCCGCCGGCGCCCUCUAUCACGCCGCCAAGGCCCUUUCCCAUCCGUCCCGUGUUGAGCAGGGAGCCCAGCAGAGAUGAGAAACUUCGUGAGAGGGAGAGGGAAAGAGAGAAGGAGAGAGAAGUGCAGAGAGAGCGAGAGAUGAGAGAAAUGAGGGAAAGAGAAUCGAGAGAGAGGGAGAGAGAAGUCGAGAUACUCAGGGAAAGAGAGCUGGUCAUUGAGACAAUGAGAGAACGGGAACGGGAAUUAAGAGAAAUCCGGGAAUUGAGAGACAGAGAAGCGGCAAGGGAAAGAGAGCUGAGGGAGUUUAGAGACAACAGGGACGGCCGAGGAUCGAACCCACACCAACAGCACUUGUCGUCUCGUUCGAACAGUCCUUCCAGCCCUCGAGCUGAGAAGUCCCAAACUCCGGAAUCGGAAAACAGACUGAGUGCUUGGUCAGGGGAGGAAUUCAAACACAUUCUAAAUAAUUUUCACGCCGGACAACUGGACACUAGUGGACUCUACCAGCCUCUUAGAGUGUGUAAUAGGACAAUAGCGUCCAUGGGGGCGCUUCAUGGCUCCGGGGGCCCACCGGGGCCACUAAGUGUUGGAGUACCUUCCCAUUUCACGCAUUUCAACCCUCUGUUGUAUAACCUACCACGUGAAUUGACUCACCAACCUCACCCGCUUCUGGCAGCGAGGUACCCAGGCUUCAUGCACUCACGGUAUCCGAUGGGACCCCCUCCAGGCCUCUUAUUUCAUCCCUACCGAAAGCCCAAGAGGAAUCGCACCGCCUUCUCCCCUUCGCAGCUGUUGCAGUUGGAGCAGGCCUUUGAGAAGAACCACUACGUGGUGGGGCAAGAGAGGAAAACAUUGGCGGUCAAGCUGCAGCUGACGGAAACACAGGUGAAGGUCUGGUUCCAGAACAGAAGAACCAAACACAAGAGGAUGAAAGCAGAGGAGGACACUGGAUCAUCCGGUAGUCAGGCAGAAGGACAAGAUGGCGAUCACGGCAAGAGCAUUGAUGGCAGUGACCUGACCACCUACGAGGACCACGAAGACGACGAUGACCCGUGCUCGGACGAAGAGGAAGAGCUGUCUGUGACAGAGGACUGUUAAAAUUGAAGUCCACGCCAAGCAUGCGCGGACGAAGGUCAACCUCACACAAAACUGGACAAGGAGGAACAAGAAUGGGCAGAGGGUGAUGAACGUAGCCCGUUGUUCGCCAACUGUGUUAAAGAACAACAUUUUGUCAUACAAUUUGUAUUGUCUGGCUUUGUUCGAUAUCUGAAACAGACAAAGUUAGUAUUUCCAAUCGCCGGGAAACCCAAGACAAAGGCUGCAGACAGGACCGUGGCUGUUAAUUCCGAAGCGAAAUAGAAGACAUUCUGUUUUAAACCUUUCUUCUGCGAUCUAGAGUAUUUCCUUCCUAACUGAAGCAGACUUCGAUCUUCUAUAAAGAUUACUUUGAGUCGUGCUGACUACUUUCAGGAGUCUAGUGAGAGAUCUGAUUUCGGGGUUCACAAGAAAAAAAAAUGUUGAUAAAGAAUCGCCCUGAAUUUCAAAUUACGCAAAGGGCACCCAGUAAUCUAAGACUCACAGGUAACAACCUUUGACCUUGUGACGUCGUGAAAUAACGAAACAGUUUCAACAGAUUGUGAAAUAUCUCCAGAAAGCUUUCAUUUAAAGAACUGUCACAAGAAUUCUGGUCCAAACACAAAGGCGCGGUGACUUCUUCAAAGAUUUACCUCUUCAACAACAACUAGAGUGACCAAAACAAAACAAAAACAGUUCAUUUUGAUAGUGUAUAUGUGAUUGCGAGUUAAAUUUCAAGACUUUCUCUUACACAAUUUCAUUGACGUAUAAUUGGUGUGGAGCAUGUGGAACUGUCACACAUCAUUGACUGUAGUGUACGUUUGGGACAAGAGCCAUGUGACAUUGAAAAAGAAUCAGUGUCAAUUAAAAAUAUGAGAGUUUAAUCAUGGACGUAAAACUUUACCAAAGAUGUCUCCCCAAAGAUGUCUCCCCAAAGAUGUCUAUCCAAAGACGUCUCUCCAAAGAUGUCUCCCCAAAGAUGUCUACCCAAAGAUGUCUAUCCAAAGAUGUCUAUCCAAAGAUGUCUCCCCAAAGACAUGUUCACAUUAAGUGUAUGAACAGAAAAAAAUGUACAAAUAUUUUCCCAGUGUUUAUUUGUUUUGUCUACUGCCAUUGUUGAAUAUGUCAUUGUCAACUUGAGUGUCAAGACAUACUUGUCACAUUUUAUUUACUACAUUGUAAGUAUUUCUAAGAAAACCUAUUCUCUGCAAAUGUCUACUUCUAGGAUCUCUAAGAAAAUAUAUUCUCUGCAAAUGUCUACUUCUAGGAUCUCUAAGAAAACAUAUUCUCUGCAAAUGUCUACUUCUAGGAUCUCUAAGAAAACAUAUUCUCUGCAAAUGUCUACUUCUAGGAUCUCUAAGAAAACAUAUUCUCUGCAAAUGUCUACUUCUAGGAUCUGUA